AUGUCUAGAUCAAUCCGUAAUUUUUCUGGUUUAUUCAGAUGUACGCAUCUGCCAUGUUCAAACACAAAAUUGCAGCAACAAGGUCUUCAAUGCGUUUUAGCGCCCGACCGGGCUUGUGUACGAUCUUCGAUCUCUAACUGCCUAAAAUUUAAUUUGUCAGUACGAUCUUACCCCAAAAUUUCAUUUUACUAUGCAGAAAAACGUCAACGUUUACGUCAAGGAGGCACCUUGUUUCCAUCAAACCAAAUAAUUAUUCUAAAAGAAUAUCCAGAGAUCGACACAGAGUGGCCGCCAAAACGUAUGCUCAAAAUGUCUGUAGCAUUACUCAAUCGUAUUAUUCAAACAGCCAAAAUGUUACGACAAUCACUGAAAAUUAGUCAAGUACAAGAUCGUUAUAGUAGUGAUUUGAUAAAACGUUUUCAAGCACUCGGUUUAGCUCUGGAACUAUAUAGUGAAGAAAGAAAAAAUAUUAAACGACCAUCACAAUUUCUCUCACGAAUAAUACCAUUGAUACGAAGUAUUCAAAAACAGCUAUGUUGUAUAGAAAGUGAGUAA